AUGUCAACAACCAUUGAUGUCCCAGAAUCAAGCAAUAGUGCUAAAGGAAGAGCAGCUAUAGUUGCAGCUCCAAAGCCAGGAGGAUGGAAGAAAGGGAUAGCCAUAAUGGACUUUAUUUUAAGGUUAGGUGCUAUAGCAUCAGCUAUUGGUGCUGCUGCCACCAUGGCAACAAGUGAUGAGACUCUACCUUUCUUCACUCAGUUCUUUCAGUUUCAGGCCAGAUAUGAUAGUUUUCCUACUUUUCAGUUUUUUGUCAUUACCAUGGCAUUAGUUGGUGCCUACCUAGUCCUAUCUCUACCUUUCUCUAUUGUCACUAUAAUACGUCCCCAUGCAGUAGGACCAAGACUUUUCCUCAUUAUCCUUGACACUGUGUUCCUGGCCCUAGCGACUUCUAGUGCUGCAGCAGCUUCUGCCAUAGUUUACUUGGCACACAAUGGCAAUCAAGACUCGAAUUGGCUUGCCAUAUGCAACCAAUUUGGUGAUUUUUGCCAAGCUACCAGUGGAGCUGUGGUGGCAUCCUUCGUUGCCGUAGUUGUCUUCGUUUUGCUGAUAGUGAUGUCUGCUGUGGCUCUACCUAAUCACUAG